AUGUCGUCUCUUCAAACAGACCAGCAACAGCCAGCCUCCAAAGACAGUACCAACACAUUGCCACUCGAGGAUCAGAAGGAUCUAGAAAGCCAAUCGAAUCAGGAGACCGAGAGUCUAGAGCAUCCUCUUCUCUACGAUGCAACGCCGCCCACCGUACUGGUUGACUUUGACGGCAAAGAUGACCCCUACCACCCCAUGAACUGGCCCUUCCGAAAAAAGGUUAUCACAACACUCUUGUAUGGCUUUACCACCUGCUGGAUUACUUUUGCAUCGGCCAUCUACUCCGCAGGACUCGGGCAAGUGUCAGAGGACUUCCGAGUCAGCAAAGAGGUAGCAGCGUCCGGUAUCAGUCUGAUGGUUUUCGGAUUUGGACUAGGUCCACUGCUCUGGGCACCCCUGAGUGAAGUAUACGGGCGGAAAUGGGUGGUGAUAGCGCCAUAUUUCGUUGCAGCCAUCUUCUCUUUUGGAACAGCGACAGCCAAGGACAUCCAAACCGUUCUCAUUACCCGAUUCUUUGCUGGGCUAUUCGGAAGCGCGCCCGUGACAAAUACAGGUGGUGUGAUGGCCGACAUUUGGCCUCCUGAGCAGCGUGGUGUUGCCGUUGUUGGAUAUGCGAUCACAAUCGUCGGCGGCCCGACACUCGGACCUAUUAUUGGAGGCGCCCUGGCUUCAAGCUAUCUGGGUUGGCGGUGGACAGAGUACCUGACAGGUAUCAUCAUGAUGGCGCAGGUUACCCUGGAUGUCUUGCUCUUGGAUGAGAGCUAUCCCCCGGUACUACUUGCUUACAAGGCUCGCCGGCUACGUUUCGAGGGAAAGAACUUCGCAUUGCAUGCCAAGCAAGAGGAAUGGAAUCUGUCGCUUGGAGAGCUAUCACAAAAGUAUCUUAUUCGCCCCUUCCAGAUGUUGGGUACGCCUAUCUGCCUGUUGAUGAGCAUAUAUGCAUCCUUCGUCUAUGGUAUUCUUUACGCAAACCUUGAAGCCUUCUCGGUCGAAUUCCAAGAAAUCCGCAGAUGGGGCCCCGUUAUCGGCAACCUUCCAUUUAUCUCCCUUCUCGUCGGAAUCUUCUUUGCUGCGGCUGUCAACAUCUACAACAACAAGUAUUAUUUCAAGCAGUUCAAGGCAAACGGUAAUAAGCCGGUCCCCGAGGCACGACUACCACCAAUGAUGGUAGGAGGAUUUGCAUUUACGGCUGGUCUCUUCAUAUUUGCCUGGACAUCAUCACCAAGCACCAACUAUUGGCCUUCUAUCAUCGGCAUCGCCUUGACUGGAUUCGGUUUCACAACCAUCUUCCAGGCAGCCCUUAACUAUUUGAUCGACACAUUCACACGCUUCAGUGCCAGUGCCGUUGCUGCCAAUACCUUCCUACGAUCAACUAUGGCAGGUGCCUUCCCACUAUUUGUUCUGCCCUUGUAUCAUAACAUCGGGGUUGACUGGGGUACCACCAUAUUUGGCUGCAUUGCAACCGUGUUGAUCCCCGUGCCCUUUCUGUUCUUCUUCUGGGGAAAGCAGAUCCGUGCACGGGGAAAGUGGAGCAAGCACACCGUUUAG